AUGAACGGCAGUAAAAUCUUAUCCAUGCAAAUCUGCGGACUGAAAUUCAUCGAUUCCUAUAAUUUUUUACCUUUUGCCCUGUCCAAGAUGCCCUCUGCUUUCGGAUUCACCGAACUGAAGAAAGGAUAUUUUCCACACUUUUUUAAUACGGAACACAACCAUAAUUACGUGGGGCCUUAUCCACCGGCAGCUUACUACAAUCCGGACGACAUGUCUAUUAGUGGACGACAGGCUUUUUAUCAAUGGUACGAACAACAAGCCGGAAAAGUGUUUGACUUCCAGAAGGAAUUUUUAGACUAUUGUAUUUCGGACGUCGAUAUUUUACGACGAUGCUGUGCUCAGUUUAGAGCCACCCUCAAGAGCUUGGUCCAUGUAGACCCCUUCCAGGAAUCCAUCACUUUUGCCAGUGCGGCCAAUUUAGCUUACCGUCGAGGAUUCAUGCCCAAAGAGACCAUUGCCAUCAUUCCCAACCUGGGGUAUCAGCCUGCGCGUCGAUAUUCCGCCAAAGCCUGUCGGUGGUUAAGCUGGAUGAGUCACCAGACCGGAUCUCACAUCCAACAUGCUAGAAACGGGGGAGAAGUCAAGAUCGGAAGUUAUACCGUCGACGGAUACCAGGAAGCCACUCGCACCGUCUACGAAUUUUACGGAUGCUAUUGGCACGGAUGCCCCACCUGCUAUCCGAAUUUACAGACCGAAAGUCAUCCUCACCGGACCCAAUUUACCUAUGAACAAUUACACGAGGAAACUUUAAGACGGAGUUCUGUUUUAGAGGAAAUGGGGUACUCCCUCCGUAGCAUCUGGGAGCACGAAUUCGAUCAACAGGUACAAAGAGAGGUAACUCUACAGAAUUAUGUACGAGACCUGGACAUUCCAGAUCCUUUGAACCCCCGAGAAGCCCUGUACGGAGGUCGGACUAAUGCCACUAAAUUAUAUUGUGAGGAGGGGGACAUGAGAUACGUGGACGUCUGUUCCUUAUACCCUUACGUAUUAAAACACAGACCUUUCCCCCUAGGCCAUCCUCAGAUCAUAACAGACCAAUUCCAGGACGUGAGAACUUAUUUCGGCCUCAUUCACUGUCGGGUCCUACCACCCCGAGGCCUCUAUCACCCCGUUUUACCUUAUCGCACGGGAGGCAAGUUAUUGUUUCCCUUAUGUCGAACGUGUGCGGAACGACAGGACUCUACCUCUAAACAUCGAUGUCAACACGCAGACCAGGAACGCAGUCUUACGGGUACCUGGGUGACUACAGAAUUACAUAAAGCCCUGGACAUGGGAUAUACCUUAGAGCGGAUUUACGAGGUUUGGCAUUUUUCACAAAGCAGUCGAGAUUUAUUCAGAUCUUACAUCGAUACCUUCUUAAAGAUCAAACAGGAAGCUUCUGGAUUCCCACCUGAUUGUCAGACGGAGGAACAGAAACUAGAUUACAUUCUUAAAGUCUUAGACAGAGAAGGGAUCAGGAUGGACCUGUUAAGUAUAGAAAAAAAUCCAGUGCUAAGAACGAUAGCCAAACUCUUUUUAAAUUGCUUGUGGGGAAAAUUCGCUCAACGCCUGUUAUUACCUAAAACUCGAUACUUGACCGAAGAAGAGGAACUACAGCAACUCUUACAAGAUUCGACCAUUGACAUCAAAGGGAUAGAACUCUUAGAAAAUAAAGAGCAGGCCGAAUCGGACAUGAUGCUGGUCAAUUAUCAAGAGAAACAGGAAUUCGUGGAAGAGUGUCCCUUCGGAAACGUGGUACUGGCCUGUUUCACUACCGCCCAUGCCCGAUUACACCUCUACGAGACUUUACAACCUUUGGGAGAUCGGGUCCUUUAUUUCGACACGGACAGUAUCAUAUACCAACAUGAGGAGGGACAAUUUAAUCCUACCCUUGGCAACAGUUUAGGAGAAUGGACAGACGAAUUAGACGGGGACCACAUUAUCAAAUUCAUGUCAGGAGGCCCAAAAAAUUAUGCUUACCUCACAGCCAAGGGAAAAUCCAUGUGUAAAGUCAAAGGAUUGACUCUCAAUUAUCGGGCCUCUCAGAUCGUGUCACCAGAGACUUUAGAAAAAAUGCUCCAGAAAGAAAUUGACGAAAUCCAAGUCUCGUAUCCCUACAAAAUACAGAGGACUCGUCAACAUGAAGUCAAGACAAUACCUUUAGAAAAACAAUAUAGAAUUGUCUAUGAUAAGAGACAAUUGAUGGAAGAUUAUAACACUUUACCUUAUGGUUAUUAA